AUGGACAAGGAGCUUGAGUCAUCAAGGCUUAACUAUGGCGCGUACCCCUUAGCUGACGCCCUACUCCGUACCAAUAUCGCUUUUCGACCUUCAGCAGCAUUCCCACCUUUGCCGCAUGUUGUCAAUGUCUAUCCGUCGAGGAUGCUUGAAAUCAUUAAGCGCAUUUUCACCGCCUCGUGGGCGCAUUACGUUGCACGGCUUCUUUGGGCUUGGAAGUCUCGUCUAACCCACGUCUUCAGCCGCGAUUCUUCUUCUCCAUUCAAUCUCAGGCCUCUCACAGAGCAACAGCACAAAUCCAAGGUCGACGAAUUCGUUGAAUCAAUUGACACGGAUGCCAUCUGUACUUUAGCCUCCAAGUAUACCGGCGGGUUGCCCUGCACCAUCCGAUGUCGGCAACAGGGUAGCUUCAAUGUGUGUUUCAUCCUCGACUUUCCCGAUAACCUUACCCGGAUUGUCAGGCUUCCAAUCGAACCAGCCGUUCAUGACGUAUGGGAUAAGGUAUGCAGUGAGGUUUGUACAAUGCAAUAUGUUCGAGACCACACAAAUAUUCCUAUUCCUCGAGUAUAUGCAUACGGUCGUAGUCGCCUUCGACACAAUACUCUAGCGCGUCAAGUAUUUAUAGUGUCAGAUUACAUGGAUGGGAAGUCCUUAACGAAAAGAAUGCUUCGGGAUAGCCCAGAAGAUUUCCGGCGCCGAUUUUUUGGGGACAUUGUAGACAUUUUCGCCCAGCUGCGAAGGAUAGAAUUUCCACAAGGAGGCUCGUUGAUGCCGAACGCUGCGGUUGGAAUCUGGCCUCAAUUUUUUACGUCGAUAUUUCACAGAGAAGAAGCCUUCACCCCGCAGUCAGCGACGGACCAUCGUUUCGGACCAAAAAUCGCUGGUGCCAUUUCGAUGCGCAGGAAUGAACUCCAAAUUGAUGGCUACACAUCUCCGCCCUCUGCAUUUACCACUGCCAAUGACUUCUUCAGAGAACAAUACCAAUUACUUCAAUAUAUGUGGAAAAUGCCUUCUCAAGAACUUGGUAGGGAGGAAGCUGAACGCGACGAGUUUGCGCUGCACGCCUUAAGUUUGGAAGAAGCUCAAAACAUUUCGGGGCUAAAGACAGAUCCAUCAGGAGACUCUUUCUAUCUGUCCCACCCUGACCUUCGCGUUAACAAUAUUAUUGUAGACGACGAACUUUGUAUUCGCGGUAUUAUUGACUGGGAGUUCUCGGUUACAGUCCCGCGAUACGCUUUUCUACCCCCAUCAUGGCUUACUGGUCAUGAUACAGGAUCGAUCAUUUCUAGAGUCGAUGUCUCAUCUGAGUUUAUGAGCGUUUUGUCAUCGAAGAAGCAUGAAUCACACAGUCACUCUCAGCUUGCACAAGACUGGAGUUUUCAAGACGACCUCAGAUUACCCAUGGCAUAUAUCUUUCUAGAUCCAUCUGACCUCGUGUUUAUUUUCUAUCGAUAUAUCUACCCCAGACUCUACAAGAAACCGCGGAACGAGGUACUCCCUCUUUUUUUCCAACUUUCUGAGAAUAAAGAUCUACAAGCUGGUAUAGAAAGACGACUGGAUGCUUCCCAGCGGUACACCCAGUAUCUGAAGGAUCACAACCUCGUUGACGACAAUGAAACAUCGGAAUUACAACAAAUCCGUCAGUGGACUGCGGACACACAAAAGACCUUGGAACAGUUAUCCAAAUGGAGUGAUGAAACUCAAGACAAACUAGCACGGUUGGAUAGAGAACGACCUAUGCAAUUUGAACAAGGGAAGCAAGUGUGA